ACUUACUAUGUCGCUGCUUUGACGACCGACCUCGCUCCAAGCAGACCCUUGUUAAUCAACUGGUUUCUCAAACUCCCACAUUACUCGGAAUCAUCUCGCAGUGAUGAUCGCCUCUUUCUCCCUCGCUUUGCUCUCCCACUAUCUCCUCUUUUAUUUCUUCUCUAGACUCUAGACUCUAUACAUAACGUUUGGGUCCUCGCAUCCUCUGCCUCGUCGCAACUUGUGCUGCUAAAGUCUGGCCCAGUUAGACCAUCGCCCAUCGACUCGGAACGGAUUCUUAUUCGCCUAUCGCUCGGCUCUCAAAUCGGUCUUGAAAAAAAAAUAUACCGGCGCAAAUUCUUCUUCCCAGACCCGGGAGGAAACAGCCGAGCACGAUCCUUCGAAGCCCAGCACGACCUGGCACUCUGAGGAGUCAGCUUGCCCAUUGCCUUACGGCUAGUGGCGCUUAAGAGCCUCGCAUUACCCAACGCUAUCGUGGCCCUGCUUUCAUUUCUUUCCGGGCUUGUCCCCUCCGGCCUUCCAGCGACCACCACCGACGCCGCCGCCGCCGUCCUCUCAGACGCCACCUCCUUCGUCUCGAUCCCUCCUCCGCCCUCGUCUCUUUGCACGUGCGAUCCUGACGGGUCGCCAGAUCAAGACUGCAAGAUGGUCCGUAACAUUGUCGUCCUCGGCGGUAACUCCCACCCCGAAUUGGUGGAGAGCAUCUGCGGUAUUCUUGGCCUGCCCGCCUGCAGCAGGAUCCUGACCAAGUUCUCCUCUGGCGAAAGUCGUUGCGAAAUCCAGGAUUCCGUGCGCGGAAAGGAUGUGUACAUUAUCCAGACUGGCUUCGGUGGCAAUGGCAGCAGGCUCAAUGACCAUUUCAUGGACCUCUGCAUCAUGAUCUCUGCCUGCAAGACUGGUUCUGCUCGCAGAGUCACCGCUGUCCUUCCCUUGUUCCCCUACUCGAGGCAACCCGACUUGCCCUACAACAAGGCCGGCGCUCCUUUGUACAAGGCGCCCACCCCCAACGGCGAGAAUGGAAAGAAUCAGUACACUUUCGACAGUGUCCCGCCCACCCCCGGUCCCGGCGUGCCCAAGACUUCUGGCCUUACCAACAGCUCCGACAUCGCCAACCAGAUGAUCAAGAACGCCCUGACGAAUGGUAGCUCUAAGGAGCAGUAUACUACCCAUGACUACGAGAAUCUCUCCAUCGUCAACGGUUUCCAGGCCAAGCCCGGUUACAAGCAGUGGGUUGCGCAGGCGGGUACCCUUGUGGCCAACCUUUUGACCUGCGCCGGCUGCGAUCAUGUCAUUACCAUGGAUCUCCACGACCCACAAGUCCAAGGAUUCUUCGAUAUCCCUGUCGAUAACCUCUAUGGACAACCGCUCCUUAAACGCUACAUCCAGCAGCACAUUCCGAACUGGAGGGAUGCCGUCAUUAUCAGCCCCGAUGCUGGUGGUGCCAAGCGCGCGACUGCCAUUGCGGAUAGCUUGGGUAUGGAGUUUGCCCUUAUUCACAAGGAGCGCCGCCCUACCAAGAUUACCGAUCGCCAAAAUGCCAGUAUGAUGCUCGUGGGUAACGUUACUGACCGCGUCUGCAUUCUGCUCGACGACAUUGCCGACACCGGCAACACUAUUACCAGAGCCGCCAAGCUCCUCAAGAAGGAGGGCGCCACCACAAUUUACGCCCUGUUGACUCACGGUGUCUUCAGCGGCGACGCUAUCAGCCGCGUCAAGGCCUCGGCGAUUGACAAGCUGGUUGUUACCAACUCUGUUCCCCAGGACGAGCACAAGAAGCAGCUUGGAUCCAAGCUCGACGUCUUGGACAUCUCUCCCAUCUUUGCCGAGGCGAUGCGGCGCGUCCACCACGGUGAAUCGAUCAGCGUGCUCUUCAACUACGAGUAAAAUUGCAUAUAUAACCCUGAACAGACAUGAUCAGCAUUUUCUCGAUUAUUAUAUCCGGCGUUCUCGUUCUUUUAGUUUUUGGGGCUGCACUUCCACAGGGGUACACAAAAAAGAAUACACAUAUAUCCAUCACAUCUGGAGGCUAUACAGAGUGAGCUCUCUCUGAGAUGAUGAGGCAGAUGGAAUUUCGAGAGGCGUUUUACGGAACUCAUGGGAUUCCUUUCCAAGAAGGGGUAGGGUAGGAAGAAGCGGGCUUGGGGUAGAAAAAAUGAUCUCUUUUGGAGAUGAUGGAACGACGUAGUGGAUGGUUGGUAUGCUGUCUUGACUGCUUUUUAGACUUUGGUUGCAACGAAAAGCACAAAAACACGGAAACUCGGCCAUGCCUCGUCGUUCUAUGUGUCACUGGGAAGAAGGAGAACGAAGUGGUGUACCAUCUACUACCUUGGUACAACCAUGCAUGCGCACCUUGUCUCAUGCGAGCACUACCUCUGGCAUUAUUCUUGAGAUUCUCGGGUAUCCGCUUUUGACGGCCACCCUCUCACGAGCCUUUGGACCGGGUGAGUUUCGCGUACGCCUUUCAAUGGUUCGUAAAGCAGUCGUAACAUGUUAGACUUGCUCUGUAAUCUCUUUGGCCAUCGCCAACUUCUCCAUCGGCG